GGGAUGAGAGGUAUAAAUAUUUACCUUUUUUGACAGAAAGAUCCUUUUCACUGAAAUUUCUUCUGCAUUUGCAUGAUUUGUACAUGAUAAAUGUCAUGAGAGUACUGACUCGAGUGAACACAAGUAUGAAGAAUAUUAAACGUCAAAAAAAUGCUGAAUGAAGGGUUGAAAACAACUUUAAGUGGGAAUUAUCGAGCGUGACGGAGUGAUAACUGAAGGACUGGGGACUCCAUUCCCAUAGGUAAAGGGUUCUCGACCCCAUCUUGUCCAAGCCAAGUAUUAUUAUGGAGAUAUUUGAUUAAUACAGACGAGCGAGCAUUGGCGAGGAGAGCAACGGGGAAGGAAUGGAUAAACUGAUAUCGGAGUUGGUCCACUUGGAGGUGGCAGAGCAACAAAAGGUUCUGUCGGCUCUAGUGACACCAUUAUCACCUGAGAAGCAGCUGUCUCUCCUGCUUCCUGCUGUCUCCAGAGCCUCAGGUUAUGUGAAAUGGCGCCUAGCAGUGACACUAGCCUGGCAGGAUACCCCAGACUUAUUGGAGCUUUUGCCUGCCGAACUGCAGGUUAUGGUUCUUCAAUAUUUGGAUGGUCCAAGUCUCCUCACUGCUUGUCAAGUAUGCCAGGGAUGGAACAGAGUAUUGAUGAAUCAUGGGCAGCUAUGGCUAAAGAAGUGUCAGCAGCUUGGGGUCAACAUGGAUCUAUUAUCUCAGGGAACAAACUGGCAUGAAGUCUAUGUGUCAUCUCUACGCCAACUCACAUCUUUAAAGAAUGGCACAGCUUUCGUUGAACGAUUCAUGCAACUCCAAAACUGCAAUAAAGCUGUGAAGGCUGUUGAUUAUCAGGAUGGAUAUUUGUGUACAGUGUCAGAAGAAGACUACGUAAAUAUUUGGCAGCUAGACUUGAACAUCCCUAUCCUAACAUUCCCAGUUGAACGAGCAGUGUCAUACAUCAAGUUCAGACCCAAGCAGUUACUUGUUUGUGGUCAUUUUGUCGGUAUAUUGACUUCAUGGGACUUGAGUGCUAUGGACAAACAGUCUAGUGUAGUGUACAGUGGUGUGAAUAACCAUUCAAGUGAAUAUCAACUACUCAGAUGCAAGUUCAAAAUGCAUGCGGGGCCAGUAUUUUGCUGUGAUUUUUCUAAUGAACUAGACCUUUUGAUAAGUGGUGGUGCAGAUGACUGCAUAAACUUAUGGUGUCUAUCCUCAGGAUUGAAAGUAAAAUCCUUACCCCAUCAGGAGCACUGGGUACUAAGGGUCAUCUUGAUGCCUGUCAUCACUCACUCACAGCAACACUGUGUCAUCUCGAUGACUAGAGACUGUGUCAACAAACUUACAUGGGAUGCACAUUGCAGUGAAAGCUCAGGAACAGCAGAUGUGGGUUCAAGGAAGAUGGGCAGCAUAGACCAAAUUCAGAGUAAAAUGUGUGUCCGUUUGAAUGAAGGAAACCAUAACUUCUUUACCCCUGGUCUUCAUUGUAGCCAGAAAUAUAUUGGACUGAUAAAACAAGACAUUGAUGAAAAGCAUGCUUGCCUAUGUGUGUAUGACAUAGAAAAUUUUGACCUUAAGUAUAAUAUUACCUUGAAUUUUAAAGUGAAAAAACUCCUUGCACUUGGCAACAGAUAUGCCUUACUUCUCACUGUAGGAUGUGUUCUGUAUUCCUCAACCUUAAUGGUGGUUGAUAUUGUCACUGGAGAAAGCAUUGGUUCUCACACCAUUCCACAUUCAAAAAUGACCACACCAGAUGGAGCACAGCUCAGACAGUCGAUGGUCGGUGAUGUGGAGUGGUUGGACGGUCUCAGAGGUCAGGUGUGUCCGAGUUCUGCUACACCAGCUGUCAAGGAGGAUGAGGGAGGCGAGGGAAGAGCAGCCGAAGAGCAGUAUGGCGUGCGCGAGGACCUAGGAAACCUGGGUUUAGAUGCAAGAAUUCAACAACUGAACAUUUCUAGUGCACCCGAAAAGAGUUCUCUGACGCUGGAGAGGCCGAGUCGUCUCGUGCUGGCAGCCGGCGUGCAGAGCGAACCAGGCAGCGUUGGCCAGUUUCUAUGCACUGAUGUCACAUUUUACAAGAAUUGUAGUUUUAUUGAAAUGCUUAUUGUGACAGAUCUUUUCCUAGAAUAUUUCAUGUUAGUGUAUACGACCUCAAUGAACGAUAUCUUAUCAUCUCUUCACCACAUUGUAAGUCUCUUGUUACGUAUUGAGACGCAGCAGCCCUUAGUGUCUGAAGGAGUCCUUUUGUUUCCCAGCAUUCUGAUCGCAGUGACAGUACAGUCUUUGAAUGAAUUGAGACUUCGAAUCCGUCUUACCCUCUACAAAAGUUAUGGUCGUCAACGUGUCAACGAAGGGCAAGUUGGCCGAGGUAAUCCCGAAAAAGAAGUAGUGUUCAUCCGAGAAACACACAUUAGACCAUUACACUGCCAAUCGACUGUAAGUCCUGCAAAUGUGCUGAGUGUGAAAUGUGCUAGAGACCUAAGUUUCUGCAAUAGAGUUGAUUGGAGAGUUUUGUGA